GGAAAACCCCCAAACGCACCUGGCGUCUCCCGCGCCCGCCGCGAGCUCGCCGCAAUGCCAAUGACACCGCCGCCACCGCCGCCGCGGAAGGACUUCCCGGCGUUCCCGUUCGCGCCGUACCCGAUCCAGGCGGAGUUCAUGUCGUUCCUCUACGGCGCCCUCUCCUCCGGCCCCGGCGCCCUCGCCCUCCUCGAGAGUCCCACCGGCACCGGCAAGACGCUCAGCAUCAUCUGCAGCGCGCUCCAGUGGCUCCUCGACCGCCGCGACGCCGCCGCUACGGCGCCGGCCCACCCCAGCGGCGGCGCUGGCCCCGGGGAGGACGACGACGAGCCCGACUGGAUGCGGGAUUUCACGCCGCUGCCGCCGGAGAAGGAGAGCACGAAGAAGAAGCCGAAGCCUCCGGCGAUAAGGAAAGCAGCGGGUUCGGGGAAACCCGACGGAUUUGGGGAGGAAGGCGCCCGCGACGACGGGGAGUUCCUGCUGGAGGAGUACGAGAGCGACGGCGAGGACGGCGCCAGGCACGGGGUGGGGAAGCGUGCACAUUGCGGUAGUAGCAGCAGUAGCGAUGGCGAGGAAUUGGAUGAGGAAGAGGAGGAGGUGACGCCCAAGGUUUACUUCACGAGCCGCACGCACUCGCAGCUCUCGCAGUUCGUGGGGGAGCUCAAGAGGACGGAGUUUGCAGGGAGGAUCAGGACGGUGUGCUUGGGGUCCAGGAAGAACUUGUGCAUCAACAAGGAUGUUCUGAAGCUGGGCAGUGCAAACCGGAUUAAUGAGAGGUGCUUGGAACUGCAGAAGAACAAGAAGAGCAGCAAAAUUAAGGUUGAGGAUGAUAAAAGAAAGGCGCGCCAAGCAAAGAACUCUUGUGGGUGCCCAAUGUUAAGGAAUAGAAGUCUACAGAAAGAGUUCAGGAGCGAAGUGUCAAACCAGGGUGCAUUAGACAUUGAGGAUUUGGCACAUAUAGGAAAGAAGAUCGGAACAUGUCCCUACUAUGGUUCGCGGGACAUGGUCCGUUCAGCUGACCUUGUAGUCCUUCCUUAUCAAUCUUUGUUACUGAAGUCUGCUAGAGAAUCACUUGGCCUUAAUCUGAAGAACAGUGUUGUCAUCAUAGAUGAGGCUCACAACUUAGCUGAUUCCCUGACCAACAUGUACAAUUCAAAGAUUACAUCAUCUCAGUUGAAGGCAGUUCUUUCCCACCUGGAUGCAUACCUUAAUAGAUUUGACAAUGUUUUGGGAGCUGGGAAUCGACGAUACAUCCAGACCUUGACAGUUUUAACAAGGUCUUUCCUACGAGCUUUGAUCAACAAUCAGGAUGGUGCCAGCACUAUGUCUUCUAUGACCAUAAACCAAUUCUUAUUUUCGCUUGACAUUGAUAACAUAAACAUAGUAAAACUUUGUCAGUAUGUAAAAGAAAGCAAUAUAAUUCACAAGGUUAGUGGAUAUGCCAACAAGAUACCUAGCAUCCAAGAUGGUGUAAAUCAGUUCAAUCUCCAGCGGGAACAUGAUGAAGGAAGCAUUAUAGCAUGCUUCCAGGCAUUGGUUGACUUUCUGCGCUCCCUUCUGAACAGCAAUGAUGAUGGAAGAAUCAUUGUUGCAAAGCAAAAGCUCAGUGGACAACCUGAAGAGGCAUAUCUUAAAUUUGUGAUGCUUUGUGCGGAAAAAAUAUUUUCAGAGGUCACUCGGGAUGCUUAUGCUGUUAUCCUGGCUGGUGGAACCCUCCAGCCUAUUGAAGAAACUAGGCUACGCUUGUGUCCAAGCUUACCACCAACUGAUAUAAAAUUCUUCACGUGCAACCAUAUUGUUCCUCCUGAGAGUAUUCUUCCAAUAGCAGUUACACGUGGACCCUCAGGCAUGACAUUUGAUUUCAGCUACAAUUCAAGGAGCUCUCCUUCCAUGAUUGAAGAGCUUGGACGUUUCAUCUGCAAUAUUGUAACAGUUGUGCCUGAGGGCGUUGUUAUGUUUUUCUCUUCUUAUGAUUAUGAAAGGCGUGUAUAUGAUGCAUGGACGACUGCAGGCACAAUUUCCAAGAUUUGUAAAAAGAAACAUGUUUUCAGAGAACCAAGGAACAGUGCUGAUGUGGAGUCUGUCCUCAACAAAUACAAGGAGACAAUCCAAUCCUGUAGUAAAAAUUCCCAAGGCCAAGGCAUCAAUGGAGCACUUUUAUUAGCCGUUGUUGGUGGUAAGAUUUCUGAAGGCAUAAACUUCAGUGAUGGGAUGGGCCGCUGUGUGAUAAUGGUUGGCUUGCCUUAUCCAAGUCCCUCUGACGUUGAGCUGGUAGAGACGAUAAAGCAUAUUGAAACUAUUUCCAGCUCGUUUUUGGUUGGAGAUGAUAAGGCCUCAGGGAGAAAAUAUGAUGACGAAUGUGAACUUCAGCCUGGUUAUGAUAUAUUACGGAAGUGCACUAAAGGUGGAAGAGAGUAUUAUGAGAACUUGUGCAUGAAAGCUGUGAAUCAAUCGAUUGGCAGAGCAAUCAGGCACAUAAAUGAUUAUGCUGCAAUGCUGUUGGUUGACUCACGUUAUGCACAGGCUUCAUCAAGCAAGAGUUUUUCCUGCCCAACUGAUAAGCUUCCUCAAUGGAUAAAAGCACGACUCUCUUGUGCUCAAAACUAUGGAGAAGUUCAUAGACUGUUGCAUCAGUUCUUCAAAUUCAAUAAACAAAAACGCUGAAAUGCUGUAGAAACAAGAAGCAAAGCAUUGCCAGUUGAUGCAAGGCAAGCAGACACAUGCAGGACAAAUGGAAUUCAUGUGUUACUACUAAUAUGAUGGUAUAUUUUUGAAGUGGGGACAGAGUACUAUUUUGAUCCUUGCAAGUUAUGGUUACAUGGAUAAAUUCUUGAAAUCUACAAUCUA